CAUGGAAUCAGAAUCACAACCACGCUUUAAUGGACAAUUCUUGGCUGUGUUGAUAAGAAGUAUUUCAGUGAAGGCAAUGUUUUUGUACUAUCCUAGAGUAGGAAUGAAGAUGAUACGCAAAUUGACCCAAUGCUGUUUUCUUAGGGUGCAUCCUUUGUUUUUUCUGGUUUUGGUCUUUUCAUCAUAGGAUGGCAUUAGCUCUGUGUCCGCAGGUGCUGUGCAGCCUGGGGGGCUGGGUUUCACUCUACAUCUCUUUCUGCCGCCUGAAUAAGCACCGAAGCUUUGAGUGGAGCUGCCGGCUGGUGACGUUCACCCAUGGAAUCCUCUCCAUAGGCCUCUCAGCUUAUAUUGGCUUCAUUGAUGGCCCCUGGCCUUUUACCCACCCAGGCUCACCCAAUACUCCUCUCCAAGUGCACGUUCUGUGUCUCACCUUGGGCUACUUCAUCUUCGACUUGGGCUGGUGCAUCUACUUCCAGUCCGAGGGGCCCCUGAUGCUGGCUCACCACACGCUCAGUAUCUUGGGCAUCAUCAUGGCCCUGGUGCUCGGGGAGUCAGGCACAGAGGUCAACGCGGUCCUCUUUGGAAGUGAGAUCACCAACCCCUUGUUGCAGAUGCGCUGGUUUCUCCGAGAAACAGGACGCUACCACAGUUUCACUGGAGAUGUGGUGGACUUCCUCUUCGUGGCCCUGUUCACCGGAGUGAGGAUUGGUGUAGGAGCUCGCCUCCUUUUCUGCGAACUAGUCUCCCCCAAGCCCAGGUGGUUUGUGAAGGUUGGGGGAGUAGCGAUGUACGCUGUGUCUUGGUGUUUCAUGUUCAGCAUCUGGCGCUUCGCGUGGAGGAAGAGCAUCAAGAAAUACCAUGCCUGGAGAACCAGGCGGGGCGAGGAGCGACAGCUGAAGCAGAACGGCCAUCUCAAAACGCACUAGCCAUGACUUUGUCCAGACGGUGGGUUAGAGUUAGUCGGCUGCGGGACACAGGUCGGAGAUACGGCUGUCACAGAACCAUGCUUCCAGUGAAGUUAGGUUUCAAAAAAGGGCUAAACCUUAUCAGUCAGUUUGGUCAGUCUUCAAAUGGAGCCCAUACCAGUAUUAAAACACGAAUUUCCACCAUAGCGCGGUUGUAGAAAAGCGAAACUACGUGGUGGUAAUUGUGAGUAUGUCACUGUGAGAUGAGCAAUGCUGCAUUCCUUUUAGUUCCUGGUGUCCCUGGGUCCUCUUGUCUCUGGGAUGCCUGAUGGCUAGACAGCUCAGGAGCGAAUUUGAGAAUUCCUUCGAGAAUUGACUCCUUGAGCAAACUCUUAUUCCUGCUUUCCAUGUAGCAAUUUUUUUUU